AAGCUCUGUCUGCGUCCAAACACAGGUUCCCCACUAACCAGGCUUCUGGUUGCUUUUAGACGUCUUUAAACCCAGUUUCUCCCACUAACCUGCUCUCUAACCAACACAGUGGCCUGUGUUUGUUUCCAUCCAGACAGACUGGUGGGCUUCGACGCUCUGAGACGACGUCUGAUGUGUGAUCAGCAUCACAGAGUGUCUGAGCGUCCCUGAACCAGCAGACAUACAUGCAGAGUGUUGGUUGUGAUGUUUCACUUUAAUGUGGGCCAGCUGCUGCUCCUCUUUAUUAGAUUUUCAUGUAAAACUGUGAGAAGGAACAUUUGCUGGUUUCUCGGCAGGUGUUGUUUGAUAAUCGUACAUCAGAAGGAGCUCAUAAGACGGAGAACAUCAAAUUAAAAUCUGGCUUUUAGCUGCCUUUUGUCUUCUCGUCUUGCACAGAAAGAGUGAAGUGUGUUUCCUCUCUGUCUCCCUGCAGGGGUGUUUUAGGGAAGCAGGGCUACCAGUGUCAAGUGUGCACCUGUGUGGUCCAUAAGCGCUGCCAUGAGCUGAUCAUUACAAAGUGUGCAGGAAUGAAGAAGCAGGACGACACAGUCGGGGAGACGGUCGGGUCUCAGAGGUUCAGCGUGAACGUCCCGCACAAGUUCAGCAUCCACAACUUCAAAGUUCUGACCUUCUGCGACCACUGUGGCUCUCUGCUGUGGGGUCUGCUGCGACAGGGCCUCCAGUGUAAAGUGUGUAAAGUGAACGUCCACCGGCGCUGCGAGAGCAACGUGGCUCCCAACUGCGGCGUCGACGCCCGAGGAAUCGCCAAAGUCCUCUCCGACCUGGGAGUCACGCCGGACAAGAUCUCCAACAGCGCCCAGAGACGGAAAAAGCUUCCUCCGGCUCAGGAUCCUCAGCAGCCGUUAUCAGGGAUUCCUCAGACGGAGGACGACCGCUCCAAGUCGGCGCCCACGUCUCCGUGCGACCAGGACGUGAAGGAGCUGGAGAACAUCCGGAAGGCGCUGUCGUUCGACCACCGCGGCGAGGAGCACAAAACACACCCGCUGUCCUCCCCCUCGUCUGUCGCCACGGUAACGGGUGACGCCCACGGAGGAGGCGACGGGAAGAGCGUCGGCGCCAAGGGCGACGGCGGCCAGGCCAACGGCGAGGUCAAAGGUCAGAGCGUUCCCGAGGCCAAGAGGAUGAACCUGCACGACUUCCUGUUCAUCAAAGUCCUGGGAAAAGGAAGCUUCGGAAAGGUGAUGCUGGCGGAGCUGAAAGGCACCGACGAGGUCUACGCCGUCAAGGUGCUGAAGAAAGACGUGAUCCUGCAGGACGACGACGUGGACUGCACCCUGACCGAGAAGAGGAUCCUGGCGCUGGCGAGGAAGCAUCCCUACCUGACUCAGCUCUUCUGCUGCUUCCAGACUAAAGACCGGCUGUUCUUUGUGAUGGAGUACGUCAACGGAGGCGACCUCAUGUUCCAGAUUCAGCGAUCGAGGAAGUUCGACGAGGCGCGAUCUCGCUUCUACGCCGCCGAGGUCACGUCUGCUCUGAUGUUCCUGCAUCGCAACGGAGUCAUCUACAGAGACUUGAAGCUGGACAACAUCUUGCUGGAUGCUGAGGGCCACUGUAAGCUGGCCGACUUCGGGAUGUGCAAGGAGGGAAUCCUGAACGGCGUCACCACCACCACCUUCUGUGGGACGCCAGACUACAUCGCGCCUGAGAUCCUCCAGGAGCUGGAUUACGGCCCGUCGGUGGACUGGUGGGCGCUGGGCGUGCUUAUGUACGAGAUGAUGGCGGGACAGCCGCCGUUCGAAGCCGACAACGAGGACGACCUGUUUGAGUCCAUCCUCCACGACGACGUCCUCUACCCGGUGUGGCUGAGCAAGGAGGCCGUGUCCAUCCUGAGAGCGUUCAUGACUAAGAGUCCGAACAAGCGUCUGGGCUGCGUGGUGGCUCAGGGUCUGGAGGAGGCCAUCAAGCUGCACCCGUUCUUCAGAGAGAUCGACUGGACGCUGCUGGAGCAGAGGAAGAUCCGGCCGCCGUUCAAACCUCGCAUCAAAACCAAAAGGGACGUGAAUAACUUUGACCAGGACUUCACCCGCGAGGAGCCCGUUCUGACGCCGGUGGAGGACAGCAUCGUCAAGCAGAUCAACCAAGACGAGUUCAAAGGAUUCUCCUACUUCGGGGACGAGACGGCGGCCUAGACACGCUCACGUAGACGCGAAGCCCGCCGCAAACUUACAAAACCUCCAGAGACACGGUGUUUAAAAGAAACCUCCUGAACUGUGACCGCUCCAGGAACUAUACUAGACCAUUUGUGUUCCUCAUCACGCUUCCUGUGCUCUCGUUGUCGUCGUCGUUCGUCCAUCUGUGCAUAUUCCAUCGAGCAGCAUGUGCGAGCAGGUCGGACGCUCGUCUAACGGACAAAACCAGAAGUAAACACGCAGCUAGAGGCUGUUGGUGUGUUUGUGCGAGAGACGGGAUGUGAUGUGUGUACAGGCGUGCAUGCAUGUGUCGUGGCGUAGCCUAGACAGUCAUUUCUUCACACACUGUGCUGUAUCCUGUGUCUGUCUCUGUGUUUAACGAAUGUUUUUUCCUCCCUAAACGUGUAUGUGAACGGUUAAAAACAAAAAAAGUAGAUUGUAUUUAAAGACAAAGUAAGAAAUCAAAGACAUUUUUUUCGAUGAAGUCAUGAUGAUGUUAGAGUUCUAGUCUUUGUCGGUGCUUUGUUUUAAACUCAAGAGUCAAACUGGCAAAUUAAAUGUCGACUUAAGAAGAGGCACCACGAAAGCGACACUUUGGCAUUUUGAGUUUUGGUUUCGCUUUAUCUCAGCGGCUCUGUUUGUCAGAACGCUGUGCAUCUCCCUCCUUCAGACAUUCUUCAUCGAGAACCAAAUGGUACCAUUAGCUGCUUGCUAACAGACCUAGCGUAGCUCACCACUGGGAGUUGUGUUUUUUUAGCUAUUUUUUCGUACAACACGAUACUUGAUGACUUGUCCAAUGAAGCCAAAUACUGAGCUGAAAUCUAAAAUGUCAGAUGAGCCCUUUAAACAUGUCCUUUGAAUCCAAGUGCUCGUUACUGAAACUCGUCGCACCUCGCGGAGCAAAACCUGAGUCAGCGACCACUUUGUCCUCCAGAUGCCUUGUGUGCGACCAGUUGGCGAAGCGAACCCCGACGGGAGAGUCGUGCACGGAGGAGAGCGUGACUGAAUGUGUUGAAGCGAAUGUAUUUGCUCUGCAGCGUGUGUGUGCACGUCGUCAUCGUGGUUUAGUUUUUUAUUUAAAACAUCGUCGUUGAGUUUGUUUUUACUGGAUCUCGCUGAAAACGUCGGAGAUCUUUAGAUGUGGCAGAUUUCAGAGCCGGUCUUCUUCCUCCUCCUGUGCAGCCUGAACAUGGAGGUCCAAUAAGCUUUGGAUGAGCAAACUGGCCUCAGAGGGGAACUUCUGAGGCGGCAGGUCAGCUUCAUGACUUUAUAUUGAACUGAAAAGGUUCCAGACACCUUCUAGAAAACUCCACGUGCAAUACUCUGAAAUAAAGAGUUUAUUUUUUCUUUUCUUUUAGUCAUUUAGAUCUUUUUUUGUUCUGUUUUUCUUCUCAGUAACCUCACACACAGACACACGUUCAUGAAUUAACCGUUCUAAGUUUCAUUGUAGGGCUCAGAACAGUUUCCAGCCUCCAUCACAUUCAUAUGCAACUAUCAGGCACUGGUGAGCAGUUUGUGGCAGGUUUAACGCUGGUCGUACUCUUGGAAGAAGAAGAACCUGAGGGAGCCUUUUGAGGUUUCUCGCUGUCUUAGUUCUUGAGGAACCCCUGCAGCAGAACCACUGUUGGGUUUCCAUUUAGACAUCUUUAUUCUUAUUAUAGUGUCAUGUUUUUUUUUACCCCCAAACACAAUCAGAUAUUCCAAAAUGCAACAGAGACCUUUUUUUUUGUUUUGUUUUUUUUGAAUAUUUAGAAAAUUCUGGACCUCGCCACUGGUGUUACGAGUCAUUUGGACACAAAUCUGUCAGACAACAUCCCAAUAUGGUCAAAUAUUAUAUUCUAAACCUGCUGAAGUAUUACAUGGUACUAAUCACAGCAGGAACCAAGGAUCUCAAUAACAGAUAUAUAUUACCAGUAAAAUAAAAACCUUGGUUCAAAUAGUUUACCUUUAAGUCUGAUGUCUAAGUUUUGCAUGUUUUAAAGAAAGCUUUAGUGUAGAUGGAUUGUUAUUUGUGGUGAGCGUUAGCAGCAUCGGAGCCAAAGCAGCACAUUUUGAAAUGUAUUUAUUAUUUAUUAGGAAUCAAUUUUUUCCAGUGAAAAUCAAGAAUAAUUGAAAAAAUGCUGAAUGUUGCGUCUGUAAUCAGUCGAUCUGUGUUCAGUCACUCAGUCUUCACUGAAUUACCACAAACUAAACAGGAAUACAUUCUUUUGCUCACUUUAAUUCACACCAAAUUACACACUUUUCAUUAUUUGUCUUUAUUACUAUGAACUUGCUAAUCACUGAAAUGACAUAUUCUCAAACAGACGAGAGAGAAACCCAGAUACCACAAACCAGCACAGUGUCUACGUCUGAUCCAGAGCAUGUGGAGGUUUGUUGAUGUUCAAAUGGAGCCUGAUCGGAGCAUCAUCACGUGUCUUAAUCGACCAUGACGACGACGUUCUUCAGCGGUUUUACCUGCCGAACCUGAAACGAGCAGAAAUUCUAGGAACAAACCGUGAAGCGUCUUCCUGAAUGAUAAAUCACUCUACAGCAAACUGAGCUCCGGCCGGAGCUAAAUAGUUGCAUAUGAAUGUAAUUGAUGAGGCUGUGUUUGAUUUGUCCUCUGCGUCAACAGAACCAGGCAGCGCUGUGCUGUGCAUGUAGCAGUAGAAGCAGAACACAUGUUGUAGCAGCAGCAGCGACAGCAGAACAUGCACCAGAUGCACACUCACCAGUGCAGAUUUAAGGCUUGUUUAUUCUCUUAAUGUGUCUCCUGUUGCGUCUUAGUUCAGUUUUUAAUAUUAAAAAUGUCAAACCGUUUGUCCCACUGCGACCCAACAGGGACGCUCUGUCCUCCGCGCUAAAGGCCAAACGCUGCUUCCAACAAAAACAUGGCUGGUGCAGGAAGCUCCUCCACACAGCCGAGCUGGACGGAGGUGGAGAUAAACUCAGCACACGGUGGCACGACGGCCAGUUCAGACAGUGGAAACAGUAUUAUGAUGCUUCAAGUGUCAAACAUCCAUCUUCCUCUGGUCAUAUGCAGAAUCUUACCGUAUGUAUCCGUGUGUGUUCUGGUUUAUUUUGCGGUCCCUGUACUUGUGAAGCUUCGUCUGUACGUUUCUGUCCCCUGACCUGUGGUUUAGUUCACUGAUGAAUCCUUCCCUCCCCUUCAUGUGUGUUCAUGUUUUUUUUGUUUAUUUCUUUUGCGCUACGUGCCAAAUGUACUGUACUUUAAAAGGAUGUGAAGGUGUAUUUUAAUUUUUUGAAAUGAAUUAAAUAUCAUGAUGUCAAAGAGAAA